GAGCAAAGGAAGAGCAAAGUACGAUUCCGUAUUUCGAAGUGCAUUGUCAAUACCAAACAUGAGUAUUAAUGUUAUACCUCAGUCUGCAUGGCACAAGUUCGUUCAAUAUGUCGGAUGUCCUUGACAAACCUCGCAACAUCCAGCAGUACGAAGAUGGAGCGCAGAAGGUCUUGCCUCCAUCAUACUUUCGACAUUAUAACUACCCAGGGCCUGCCGGUCAGACAUACAAUGACAACAAAGCUGCAUUCAAAAGGUAUAGAUUCCGACCGCAUCUCUUGAAUGACGUGUCCACUCGCCAUUUGUCAACUUCUAUUCUUGGGGAAACGGUGUCGAUUCCCAUCGGCAUAGCACCCACUGCUACACAGAGAUUUGCACAUAAAGAUGCAGAAGUUGGAAUGGCAAAAGGAGCAGAGGCAGUCGGUGGGAUCAUGAUCCGGAGCAGUUAUGCCAACAAAUUUCUGAAGGAGAUAAGGGCAAGUGCUCCAGGAGUUGUCCUGUGGCAAAACGUUUACAUUUGGAAAGACCGUCGUUAUACCGAGGCGCUCAUCAGGAAAGCAGAGGAGGCGGGGUGCAAGGCGUUGGUGAUCACAGUGGAUUCACCCAGUACUGGAGUUGACACGUCGGAUUUCUAUAGAAACUACAUGAUUUAUAAUCAUGAAGAAUGCAGACAGUCCGAGAUAGACCUAGAUCUGGAAGAACAACAAGAAGCAAAGAAAAGAGGAGACCCUAAUCUAAUAAUGUUCUUUACGGCUCAGAAAGAUCCCAGUAUUACAUGGAAAGACAUUACUUGGGUUAGGUCACUCACCUCACUUCCUAUCGUGUGCAAGGGUAUAUUGACAGCUGAAGCAGCGACUCAAGCCGUUAAUGCAGGAGCCAACGGUAUCAUCGUUUCCAGCCAUGGUGGACGUCAAUUGGACGGGGUACCUGCACCGAUCGAUGCAUUGGCUGAAGUAGUAGAAGCAGUUCGUGAACGUAACGUAGAGGUAUACAUGGACGGAGGGAUACGGAAUGGAACCGAUGUCCUGAAGGCUCUUGCAAGAGGGGCAAAGGCAGUAUUUGUAGGAAGGCCUGCUAUAUGGGGAUUGGCUUGCGGGGGAGCUUCUGGAGUAGAAAAUGUGUUGAGAAUCUUACGCAAUGAACUGGAUUUUGCCAUGAGUCUUUGUGGUUGCCCAGACGUGAAUAACUUACCAAAGGAUAUUGUUGUGCAUGAGUCUUUCUACCAUUCUCCAAAGCACAAAUUGUGAUUUAAUAUUUCCUAAUAAUAGAUUAAGGAACAUGCUCCUCCUAAGGAUCGGUGAAUCCCUCAAAGUGUUGAUCCCUAUUUCAGUUCAUUCCAACAGUAUUGUGAAAGUCACUACAGGAACCAGUUUGGUAAAAAAAUGUUAUAAUGAAUUCUAACAACAAUUUAAAGCUGUUUAAUUCAUUCAAUAUAAUUGGCUGAUCAUAAUCUUGCUAUAGUAACUGAAUUUGUCACGUUUGUGAAUAUAAAAAGUGUUUAUGAUACGACCCCUGGGUCUCGUCUUACAAAGAGUUGCGAUUGAUACGAUCAACCUCAAUUCUAUGGAAACCCAUCAUUGUCAUAAUAUUUUCUACAAGAAGAUUGAACAAUGCCCUUUGUAAACAAAUUAAAUUGAAGCACAAUGAAUUUUCAAGAAAACAAUGAAUGCAUGAAUCUACAUCAUACAUGUAGUUGGAAAACAUUUUGAACAAUAGAUGUUGACGUGCUGGCUUUCCAUAGUUGUGGUUGAUUGGAUCAAUCGCAACUCUUUGUAAGACGGGGCCCUGGAGUGAACAUGGUUUCAUGCAAUGUGUUUACUGCGUGUUCUCAGUGUUUUUACAAAGCCCGGGGGGCCACUUCCAUUGACGAGUGGAUACCGUGCGCGACCACGGGGUCUCGAAAAGCACCCUAAACACGUAUUUUCCAUAUUCUGAAAAUGCACCCCUUAACAAGUAUUGGCGUGUGAAACCCUGCCCUUAACAAGUAUUGGAAACAAAUACUAUUGGCAAGUAUUCCCAGAACUGAGCCCCUAAACAAGUUUAUCCUCCCCGCAUAUUUGACCCUAAACACGUAUAUUUUUCCGAGCGAAAUAAAUACCCUUUUUCAAUAUUUUUGUGUUUUUGACACCCUUAUCACGUUACAUACGUAUCCACUCGUCAAUGUAAGUGCCCCCCCCCCCCCGGGUUACAAAGCGGACUGUGUGGUGAUGUGACUCACACGAUUAAAAUACGGUGAAGACAAUUCCACACCAGACACCUAGUGUGUUCACAGCAUGGACCAUGUGAAAAUGUGAUCCACGUUGUUCUAAUGCUCAAACUUAAAGGACAAGUCCACCCCAACAAAAAGUUAAUUUGAAUAAUAAGAGAGAAAUCCACCAAGCAUAACACUGAAAAUUUCAUAUGAAUCGGAUGUAAAAAAAGCCCGGGAAAAUAAGAAAGUUAUGACAUUUUAAAGUUUCGCUUAAUUUCACAAAACAUUUAUAUGCACAUCCUGGUCGGUAUGCAAAUGAGGAGACUGAUGACGUCAUCCACUCACUAUUUCUUUUGUAUUUUAUUACAUGGAAUAUGCCUAUUUUAAUUUUCUCCUCAUUGUCAAGUGAAACAACGACUAAUUCCUCCCUGAACAUGUGGAAUUAGCAUUGUUUAAUACUAUAUAGUUCAGUCAAGUUUGUCAGUCCCUAUUGUCAAAUUUGUUUUAAAAGAUGAAAUAUUGUAUAAUUCAAACAAUAAAAAACAAAAGAAAGAGCGAGUGAGGGACAUCAUCGACUGUCUCAUUUACAUGUCACUGAGUUGUGCAUAUCCCUGUUUUGUGAGUUGUGCAUAUCCCUGUUUUGUGAAAAAUAAGCGAAACUUUAAAAUUUCUGAACUUUCUUAUUUUACAUCCGAUUUUGAUGAAAUUUUCAGCGUUAUAUACUAGUGUGAUUUUCUCUGUUUAUUCAAAUCAACAUUUUUAUGUGGUGGACUUGACCUUUAACAGUAGGAAGAUGAUUUCAUACUGUGCUCAUAUGAACACAAUGUGGAACGUUGUGUUCUUCCUAGCAAAGGUGCCUGUAUUAAACUUUGAAAGUAUGAUUAUAUUAUAUAACUUGCACUUUAGUAGAGUGGGUGCAUUUACGAAUUUAAAAAAAAAUAGAACAAAGAAAAAUAACCGUCCUUUUUUUUCAAUUUUCAGAGGCUUGGAAUUGCAAUAUACCUCAGAAUAUACUAUUUGUUUGUAGCUUUCCGAAAAUUAUGUAUGUAUGUAAUCACUAAAGUUGUCAAGUAAAAUGGCUAGUUGAAAAUAAAUAUAUAAUCACUGCCGAGAGAGUACACUUAUAAUGCCUUCAAAUGUAAAGUUCAGAUGUUCACAAAGAAUCAACAGGUAAAAAAACAACGAUUUAAAGGUCACUUCACUUGUCUUAGAUCAAAGUAUUGAUGAUAAUCCAAUAUAAUUCGUAUUAUUGAAUCUUUAUCAAAUCUUUAGACAGUUGGUGACUUCGACAUCAUAAAAGUUAGCAGACAACUUUGCUUUAAAGAGGAGCAACAAGAUAAUUUUAAAGAUACUUAUUUGUAGAUAUCUGUUCAUCAUUUCAUCCUUAUUUUUUCAGUUUUUAUAGCAAUGAUACGCAAGAAUAGAUUCAAGAAUCGACAGUGUAAAUUUCCGCAAAGAUGUUUUUCAACAUGUUGUAUAUUUAAUGUUACAUAAUUAUAUUUUAGUAAGACUUAUAAUUGAAAUAUUACAUAUCGACGUGAAAAAAGGAUUACAUUAUUUUAAUGUAGAAAAUAAUGUAUAUUGGUAAUUUAUUAGAAUUGCAUCAAAUGUCAUGGAUGAUUAAAUUUCAUUGCUAAUUUGCAAUACAACUGUGGUACAUUCCGCAAUUACAAUAGAAAUAUGUGUAGAAUG